AUGUCUACCACUGUUAAUAAUAAUGAAGCCUCUAGUGGUAGUACCUCUACCUCUAAUAGCGCUGAAUCCUUUGAUUUAAGAAUGAAAUCAAUGGAGGAUCAAAUCAACAACCUUUCCUUAGCCUUAACAAGAUUCAUGAAAGAACCUAUGUUCUCAUCUAAUACCAAUUCACGUAGCCAACCUUCUCAUGAUGACUCUGACACUGAGAAUGAACAAAUAUUCAACUUUCCAUCUAACUUCCAAGUGAAUUUCGCUCCAUUCGGUACACCUGAAGGUAUUACUGUAUCACCCAACGUCAAGAACAAUGAUACUGACUUGUUGAUUGUUGAAAAGCGAAUCAACGAUAGCUUGAAACCUUUGCUUCUCAUGUCAAGUAUCUUAUCAUCUGAUAGCUCUAAUGUCGAUGUAGAACUUAUUAGUUACUUAACUCAGAGAGCAAUCGUCUUAGUUGUUAAUGCUCAAGCAUCGCUUAGUCGUGUCCUUCGUAACAACAUCGCUAAAGAAAUCUAUGGUUCUGAAGUACUCUUACCAAUUAAGAUCAAGGAUACACCAAAGAUUUUUGAUGAAACUGAAACUGAACGUGUAAGAAAGCUAGCCAAGUCAAUCAGAAAGAACAACGAAGCUAAACAAUCAUUGUUAAAAUUGAAUUAUCAUUCCAAGCCCAAUGUCAAGAAAUUAGUUAACCCAAGUGGUAAUAACACUACAGGAAACAGUAGCGAUAAUAAAUCCAGUAGUGGGAGUAAUGGCCGAUCUAACAACUUCAAUGGAUCACCAAGUAAUGUUGCAUCAGGUAGCAACAAUACCAAAUCUGCCAACGGUACCAACAACCGUUUUCAGAAGAACAGGAAGUAA